UCCUGUCACAAAGGGGGAGGAACACGUGGGCACCGACGGCCCCAGUGGCCGGUGCUGGAAUCUGGGGGUUGCCGGGAGGACCAUCACCCCCCACGCCUGCCUGCCUGACUCCAACACCCCGGCCACUCGGCCGGCGUCCGGCUCGGCCCGAACUAACCUCCAGUCUUGGCCACCUGGUUCAGACCCCAUCCAUAGCCAUGUCCAUCCUCUACGUCUCCCCGCACCCGGACGCCUUCCCCAGCCUCCGAGCUCUCAUCGCUGCGCGCUACGGCGAGGCGGGAGAGGGGCCCGGCUGGGGGGGAGCCCACCCCCGCAUCUGUCUCCAGCCGCCCCCCACCAGCAGGACGCCUUUCCCCCCACCCCGCUUGCCUGCUCUGGAGCAAGGAGGGCUCGGGGGGCUCUGGGUGUGGGGAGCCACAGCUGUAAGCCAGCUGCUGUGGCCGGCAGGUUUGGGGGGCCCCGGGGGAAGCCGGGCCGCAGUGCUUGUCCAGCAGUGGGUCAGUUACGCCGACACCGAGCUCAUCCCAGCUGCCUGCGGAGCCACCCUGCCAGCCUUAGGACUCCGGGUGUCUGCCCAGGACCCCCAGGCCGCGCUGGGGGCCCUGGGUAAGGCCCUCAGCCCCUUGGAAGAGUGGCUUCGGCAGCACACUUACUUGGCUGGGGAGGCCCCCACUCUGGCUGACUUGGCAGCUGUCACAGCCCUGCUCCUGCCUUUCCGAUACGUCCUGGACCCUGCUGCACGUCGGAUCUGGGGUAAUGUGACCCGCUGGUUUACCACUUGUGUCCAGCAGCCAGAAUUCCGGGCAGUCCUGGGAGAAGUAGUUCUGUAUUCAGGCACCAGGCCUGCCUCACAACCGGCAGGCCCUGAGGGUUCUGCACCCCCAAAGACAGCUGCUCAACUCAAGAAAGAGGCAAAGAAACGGGAAAAGCUAGAGAAAUUCCAAAAUAAACAGAAGAUCCAGCAGCAGCAGCAGCCGCCUUCAGGGGAGCAGAAGAAACCAAAACCAGAGAAGAGGGAGAAGCGGGAUCCUGGGGUCAUUACCUAUGACCUCCCAACUCCACCUGGGGAAAAGAAAGAUGUCAGUGGCGCCAUGCCGGACUCUUACAGCCCUCAGUACGUGGAGGCUGCUUGGUACCCGUGGUGGGAGCAACAGGGCUUCUUUAAGCCAGAGUAUGGGCGUUCCAGCGUGUCAGCACCAAAUCCCCGGGGCAUCUUCAUGAUGUGCAUCCCACCCCCCAACGUCACAGGCUCCCUGCACCUGGGCCAUGCACUCACCAACGCCAUCCAGGACUCUCUGACCCGAUGGCACCGCAUGCGUGGGGAGACCACUCUGUGGAACCCUGGCUGUGACCAUGCGGGCAUUGCCACGCAGGUGGUGGUGGAGAAGAAACUCUGGCGUGAACAGCGUGUGAACCGGCACCAGCUGGGCCGAGAGGCCUUUCUGCAGGAGGUCUGGAAAUGGAAGGAAGAGAAAGGUGACCGAAUUUACCACCAGCUGAAGAAGCUCGGCAGCUCGUUGGACUGGAAUCGAGCCUGUUUCACCAUGGACCCUAAACUCUCAGCAGCAGUGACAGAGGCCUUCAUCCGACUCCAUGAUGAGGGCGUCAUCUACCGUAGUACCCGUCUUGUCAACUGGUCCUGCACCCUCAACUCUGCCAUCUCUGACAUUGAGGUGGAUAAGAAGGAGCUGACAGGUCGGACCCUGCUUACCGUGCCUGGCUACAAGGAGAAGGUGGAGUUUGGAGUCAUCAUCUCCUUUGCCUACAAGGUCCAAGGAUCAGACAGCGAUGAGGAAGUGGUGGUGGCAACAACUCGAAUUGAGACCAUGCUGGGAGACGUGGCUGUAGCUGUGCACCCCAAAGAUCCCAGAUACCAGCACCUGAAGGGGAAGAGCGUGGUGCACCCAUUUCUGUCACGGAGUCUCCCCAUCGUCUUCGAUGACUUCGUGGACAUGGAGUUUGGCACGGGUGCGGUGAAGAUCACACCUGCACACGACCAAAAUGACUAUGAGGUUGGCCAGCGGCAUGGACUGGAGGCCAUCAGCAUCAUGGAUGCCCGCGGGGCCCUGGUCAACGUACCUCCCCCUUUCUUGGGCCUGCCCAGGUUUGAGGCCAGGAAGAUGGUUCUGGCAGAGCUGAAGGACCGGGGACUGUUCCGUGGCAUUGAGGACAAUCCCAUGGUGGUGCCCCUUUGCAAUCGGUCCAAGGACGUGGUGGAGCCGCUGCUGCGGCCACAGUGGUAUGUGCGCUGUGGGGAGAUGGCCCAGGCUGCCAGUGCUGCUGUAACUCGGGGUGACCUCCGGAUCCUGCCUGAGGCCCAUCAGCGGACGUGGCACGCCUGGAUGGAUAAUAUCCGGGACUGGUGCAUCUCCCGGCAACUGUGGUGGGGCCACCGCAUCCCAGCCUACUUUGUCACUGUCCAUGAUCCGGCUGUACCCCCAGGGGAGGACCCUGAUGGCCGGUACUGGGUGAGCGGGCGCAGUGAGGCUGAGGCCCGCGAAAAGGCAGCUAAAGAGUUUGGAGUGUCCCCAGACAAGAUCACUCUCCAGCAAGAUGAGGACGUAUUGGAUACCUGGUUCUCCUCGGGUCUCUUCCCCUUCUCCAUCCUGGGCUGGCCCAACCAGUCAGAAGACCUGAGUGUGUUCUACCCGGGAACGCUGCUGGAGACCGGCCAUGACAUCCUCUUCUUCUGGGUGGCCAGGAUGGUCAUGCUGGGCCUGAAGCUCACAGGCAGGCUGCCCUUCAGGGAGGUCUAUCUCCACGCCAUCGUGCGAGAUGCCCAUGGCCGGAAGAUGAGCAAGUCUCUGGGCAACGUCAUUGAUCCCCUGGAUGUCAUCCAUGGGGUCUCUCUGCAGGGCCUCCAUGAUCAGUUGCUGAACAGCAACCUGGAUCCCAGUGAGGUGGAGAGGGCCAAAGAAGGGCAGAAAGCUGACUUCCCAGCAGGGAUCCCCGAGUGUGGCACUGAUGCCCUCCGCUUUGGACUCUGCGCUUACACAUCUCAGGGUCGAGACAUCAACCUAGACGUGAACCGGAUCCUGGGAUACCGGCACUUUUGCAACAAGCUCUGGAAUGCCACUAAGUUUGCCCUCCGUGGCCUUGGGAAGGGCUUUGUGCCCUCAUCUACCUCCAAGCCUGGAGGUCACGAGAGCCUGGUGGACCGCUGGAUCCGGAGCCGGCUGACAGAGGCCGUGAAGCUCAGCAAUCACGGGUUCCAGGCCUACGAUUUCCCAGCUGUCACCACUGCCCAGUACAGCUUCUGGCUCUAUGAGCUCUGUGACGUCUACCUGGAGUGCCUGAAGCCCGUGCUGAAUGGGGUAGACCAGGUGUCGGCCGAGUGUGCCCGCCAGACCCUCUACACCUGCCUGGAUGUUGGCCUGCGGCUUCUCUCUCCCUUCAUGCCCUUCGUGACUGAAGAGCUGUUCCAGAGGUUGCCCAGACGGACUCCACAGGCACCGCCUAGCCUCUGUGUUACCCCCUUCCCAGAGCCCUCAGAGUGCUGCUGGAAGGACCCUGAGGCAGAAGCCGCUAUGGAGCUGGCCCUGAGCAUCACACGAGCUGUGCGCUCCCUGCGAGCUGACUACAAUCUCACCCGGAUCCGGCCCGACUGUUUUCUGGAAGUGGCUGAUGAGGCCACCGGCGCCCUGGCCUCGGCAGUGUCGUGCUACGUGCAGGCACUGGCCAGUGCAGGAGUGGUGGCCGUCCUGGCCCUGGGCGCUCCCGCCCCCCAGGGCUGCGCUGUGGCCGUGGCCUCUGACCGCUGCUCCGUCCACCUGCAGCUGCUGGGACUGGUGGACCCGGCCCGAGAGCUGGGCAAGCUGCAGGCCAAGCGUGGUGAGGCACAGCGGCAGGCGUUGCGUCUGCGGGAGCGCCGUGCUGCCUCAGGCUACCCUGUGAAAGUGCCCCUCGAAGUGCAGAAGGCAGAUGAAGCCAAGCUCCAGCAGACAGAAGCCGAGCUCAGGAAGGUGGAUGAGGCUAUCGCCCUGUUUCAAAAGAUGCUGUGAUUCGCCCGACUCCAACCCUCAUAAUCCCCAUGUCCACCAGGGGGAUGGCAGCAAUAAAAUAUUUUGCCACAAAA